AUGGGCCCUGCCCUCACCCUCCUGCUCCUCUUGGAACUGGCAGGCCAGACCACGGCAGAUGAUGACCUGGAUGUGGUGCAGAGGCAGGAGGGUGAUUGCAUCUCUCUGGAAUGCCAGUAUCCGCUGCAGCACUCCCGGGCACGGAAGAUCUGGUGCCGGGUGUCCGCAGAGGGGGAGUGCCCGCCACUGGCCUCCUCUGUGGUGAACAGGGGGAGCCCGUCUAGGAGCCGGGCACGGCUAACAGACCUGGGCAGAGGCUAUAGCGUGGUGACUAUGAAUGCCCUGCAGCCUGGGGACAGCGGAGAGUACAAGUGCAUGGUGGACACCACCCCUCGGUCACUGACUGUGAGGAGGGUCUCUCUGCAGGUCUCCCCCAGGGGCACCAUCCGGGACCCUGAGCUGGGCACGGUCCCUGCCCACCACGCUGGGCCCUGUGUGAGCCUCCCUGCUCCCACCCCACCUGGCCAGGCGGGACAAAGUGUUCCUGGAGGUAUUCCAGCCAGUGCCUGGGCCUGGAGUGCCGUGGCAGUGGGGGGUCUGCUGGCAGGAGCUGCCGUGCUCUUUGCGGUGACAUCCGGGACGAGCGGGGCUAAGCUCAAGGCCUGCACCUGUCUCUCUGCCUGCGAGGCAGCCACCAUGGACUCCCCUUCCGAGGGGUCGCUGCCCAGAGAGCCACCCCUGGCACCAGGGGAGCUGAGUGAGGGGAUGUACACACAGCUGGGCCGCCAGUCUCUCUCCGAGGACUCAUCCUAUGCCAGCAUAGUGCUGCCCACCCAGUCAGAGCCCUCCGGAACCUCCGCACCCACGGUCCACGGGACCAGACCAGUGGAGUAUGCCACAGUGGCCUUCAGGGGUCCCUCCCCAGGACUGGUCAAGGCUGUGGAUGCUGUUCCUCCUGAGACCAGCCUUCCGCAAAGCCCCUGAAGGGAGGGCCUGUGCCCACCCUGCCAUCCCCAUGGGCUCUGCAG